AUGUCGGACGGACAUCCGGAGCAUCCACCACCGGACUACCACACUAUCCAGCCCCGCAGAGCAACCGCGAUUGAGUGCAUACGAACAUCCGCAGCCCCAUCUCCACCUAGCCGCUCUUCACAGGCAUUUAAGGUCAAUGGCACGAUAUAUGUAGCAGGGCAGAUUGCCGCUGCGCCUCGUGUUGGUCUUGUUAUUGGGCCGCCUUCCAGCAGUGCGGAGCGGAUCUUUUUUAACAUAGAGGCGAUCCUUAAGGCUGCCGGGUCUAGUCUUGAUAGGGUUGUUAAGACUACGGUUUAUUUCAGGGAUAGUUAUCAGGGUGUCGCGGAUUUUGAAGCAGUUUAUAAACGGAAGCUGCCUUUUGCUCCUCCUCGGACUACUGUUAUGGUCUCGAAAUUGGAGAAUACGGAUGUGCAAAUGGAGGUUAUAGCUGUGGAAUAA